GCAGCCAUCAGCUCCCAAACUCCACUUCAUCUCUUGCACAGCCACUCGAUUUCCUCCAACCAGGGAGGAGAGAGACACCAGCCCUUAUCUGCGCUCAUUCCCAACGUGGAAAAGGGACAGGAAAGACACCAUAUCAAUCCGACAGAUUCCAGCAAAUCACCCACGGAUCAUUAUUACUCCAUGCCGAAUGCGUGUUAAAGAGCGCGCUCAGUGCGGCACACAUCAGGCUGCUUUAUUACCAUAGCAGCGGCGCGAGCUGCCUGUAGCUGUACAGGAGCCUCAGCUAGCGACGGAACAAAGAAAACACACACAAAUAUAACUGUCUGCUGAGCAAACUGCUUCCCUGUUCUUUGAGGAGGAGAAGGCAAGACCCCGAAGACCAAAACUGACAUGAUGUUUCCACAAUCCAGGCACUCGGCUUCAUCGCAGCAGCUGAAGUUCACGACGUCAGACUCUUGCGACCGCAUCAAGGAUGAGUUCCAGUUCCUUCAAGCACAAUACCACAGUCUGAAGCUCGAAUGUGACAAGCUGGCCAGUGAGAAGUCAGAAAUGCAACGUCAUUAUAUCAUGUACUAUGAGAUGUCCUAUGGGCUGAACAUCGAAAUGCACAAGCAGGCAGAGAUCGUGAAGAGAUUAAAUGGGAUCUGUGCUCAAGUCUUGCCUUACCUGUCUCAAGAGCACCAGCAGCAGGUUCUGGGGGCGAUAGAGAGAGCCAAACAGGUCACCCCACCAGAGAUGAACUCCAUCAUACGGCAGCUCCAGGCUCACCAGCUCUCUCAGCUGCAGGGGCUGGCGUUGCCCAUGACCCCUCUCCCUCUCGGCCUCAGCCAACCGGCCGGCCUCCCCGCCGUCACCUCCAGCUCCGGCCUCUUCUCCCUCUCCAGCAUCCUGGCCUCUCAGGCCCAGCUGGCCAAGGAGGAUAAGAGCACACGCGAGACCUCCGACAGCCACCGCGAGGAAGACGGAGACAAGUCCGACUAGUUGCCCGCCAAACCCGUUCCUUCAUCCGAUCAUCCUCCAGAGCUCCACGUAGAGCAGAGGCACUUGUUCCCCUGUUUUUUUUUUCUUUCACCUUUUUUAUUUUCCACUCUCCUUCCAUCUUUCUAUCUACCCUCUAAAUUGCUACUGUGUUCACAUGCCUAAUGUCAUUCAUUCUGGUUCAUUCCACCAGCUCUCUCUAUGUAUUUAUACCAAUCCACCUUUUUAUUGUGUUACGGAUGCUUGAUUUGAUUUUUAUUUACACUAUUUCUUGCCUGCGUAUGUAUAUAUCUAUAUAUAUAUUGUAUAUUUCUUAUGCUCGUUGUGGAAAUGGUCUACAAAAUGGUGCGACCGUUAAUGGACCAUCGACCCUUCAGUAAUAAUUCCUCUUUGUUUUUUUCCCCCCCGCUCACUCUCUUCCUCUUAAAAUCUUUCACCUUUUAAAGCUACAAUCUACAAUAACUGAGUCAAAAGCACUUUGGCCCCAGGCAGUAACUCCGAGACUAAAAGCAACUUUGAAUCUAAAAACUUAGCCGCGGCAUAAUCCAUUUAGAGUUUAAAAAGGAUCGGUGUUAUUGUUCGACGGCACGGCUGUUGCAUCUAUCCUACCUUAAAGGGACAGUUCAAGUUAAAAUGAGGAUUUGUUUCAUUUUUAUGUCGUCCCAAAGCUGUUAGACUUCAAUUCUUCUGUGGAACACAAAAGGAGAUAUUUUGAAGAAUGUUCAUGCUGCUCCUUUCCAUAUAUUAAAAGCGAAUGAUUACCAAAAUAUUUCUAAUAAGUAACUUAAAUUUCUUAAGUUUCUCAUGCAACGGCUUCAGAACACUUGGAAUAUAAUACAUUCAUAAACAUAGUCAUAUGCACUAAUUUAGUUUAAAAAUAACAACAACAAAUAAAUAAUCAAAAACUAGUCCAUAUGAUUCAUGCAUUAUAUUCCAAAUGUUCUAAAGCUGUUUGUGUGUGAAACAGACAUUAAAAGAGAAAUUUAAGUCAUUAAUCACUGGAAAUUUUGCUUGAUGGAUGUGGUCACCAUUCACUUUCAUUGUAUGGAAAAGCAGAAAGUUGAAAGGGUUUAAAAUGACCUUAGGGUGAGUAAAUGAUCUUCAUGUCAGUCCAAACCUGUUUGACUUAAUUUCGUGUGUGGAACACAAAAAGAGACGUUUUGAAGAAUGUUCAUACUGCUCAUUUCCAUACAAUAAAAAAUGAAUGGGGUCCAAAGCAGUCAAGAACAAAAAUCACCAUAAAAGCCUCACAAACUAAUCCAAAUGCCAUUACGUACUAUAUUCCAAGUGUUCUGAAGCUGUUUGGGUGAAGAGAUUUCAAUUAGUAUUUACUGUAUUCAUUGUAUGGAAAAGAGCAGCUUGGACAUUUCUCAAAAUGUCUCCUUUUGUGUUUCACGUAAGAAAGACAGUCAUACAGGUUUGGAAGGACAUGAGGUUGAGUAAAUGGUGGCAGAAUUUCCAUUUUAGUGUGAACUAUCCCUUUAAACUGCUUGAUCAUUAGUAUUGAAAGAAGAACGAACAUUUGUACUAGGCCCCUGAACGUACUGUUUAUCUAUCUACCUGUUUGCCUGAUUUCUAAAGUGUUUGGAAGCUGUUGUGCUGUCUUAGACAGAGAAUAUUAGAUGAAUCCUCUGAGAUGCUAGCUAACCUGCUCACCAAGUGAAAAGGAAUGCUGUUUAAAAGAUUUUUUCAGUCUUUUUUAUAGUAAGGUCGAUUGUCUACAUGGUGAGAGUCAAAUUGUUUUCCUUAGAAGGUAAGUUGUGAGAAUAAGGUAUUUGAGAAAUGAGAAGCACCUUCUUUAAACAUUUUUAUUCGUUGUUUUGAUAGCACUACAGAAACAGGAAGUGUGAGAAAUCAUUAGUAUGAUUUAUAACAACCCCUCCUAACAAAGAAAAAAAAAAAAGAAUUUUUUAGCACAAUAUGUUACCUUAAGUGGUCUUAAGGCAAAAGCUAAGAUUUGCAGUUUUGAAUAUUCGGUCUCCCAGUGUUGUAUUAUGUAGUAUGUGAUUCUACCAAGAGGGGGCAGUAAGUCCAUAGCAAGUCCACACUAACACCCUCAGGGUCACUUUAGUGUCCAAUGUUGGUUUUUGCAAACAUAUAUAAAAUGUGCUUCUUUUGACCCGCCCAAAAAUAAAUAAUUCGUCUAACGUUUGUUCUUCAGUCUGGAGUAAGCAUCAAGAAGAUUUUUUGUUUUGUAUUGAAACAGUGACUUGCAGUUAUAGCAGUAUUCUCGUCAUAGAUUGUGUCACAUUUUCAUGCCAAAGUACACAUCACACUUUAUCCUCUCGGUUUUCUCAUUUUGGUACAGUCUGAAAAUACAAACCAGACUUUUCACACUUUUUUUUUUUUUUUUCUUAUGUCUGUGUUUGUGAUUUUUGUGGAUGCUUUAGAUUAGAAUUCUGCUCUAAUGGACACCUUCUAUAAUGUAGACACAGCUAAACCAUAUCAGAUUCAGGAGUGAAGCUGCUUCCUAAUGUGUCUUAAUAAUUAAAUGUCAAAAUUAAACGGUGCCAACAUAAGAAAUGUCAAUGAAAGGCCACCUGAUGAUAUCGUAGUGCUUUCAAAACAAAUCUGCUCGUUUUUUUUUUUUUUUUUUUAGUUGGAAAAUGUUUUUGGUUUAAUUCUGCCAGUGUAUUUUUGAAAGAAGUGCCAGGAUUUAUCCUCGUGGCUUGCUACAUAUGCUCAAAUCUGUUCUGUUGACAUUUUUCUUUUUAAAGUUAGGACAAAAAUGUAGUGGUUGCUGCGUAAGCGUUAAGAGUUCAGAAUAAGAUCUAGCUAAAUGCGAAGUGUUUUGCUAUAAAGGUGGGCCACAGGUGUACUGUAUGUGUACGUUAUACAUAGACCUAAAGCUUUAUGUGCAAAUGGAUGCUUUUGUGUCAGUCUUCUUGAAUGAUACGUCUGUGUUUUAGAGGACUCUUAACUCAUAAGGCACUUGAGAACAGGUUGUCUUCCCUUCCUUUCUUUCUUAAACCCCUGACAGCCGUCUCCUCCCAGAAUUCAUUGCUUGCAUUUUGCCAUUUGUUAAAAGCAUUGUAAGCAUUCUGUGCUAUAAAAGUCUUUUUGUUUGUUUUUCAACUCCUAAUUUUAUGUAUAUUGUACAACCUACAGUGCAAAAAUAAUUGUGUUAUAAAAUAGCUUCAUUCCAUAUUAAAACAGACAAAGUACAUAAACAUUUACUAUACAUAAAUGGAAAUUUCUGCAGUAAGGAAAUGCUUCUGGUGCCUUACAAAUAAAAUCAAUCAAAUCAA